AUUUGUUUUAUUAAUUUUAUCUAAACCCUGAAGCAUACUGAACUGUCUGGAUCACUCACAGUUCGCACAUCGCACCGCUCGCACGCGCUGUUGCCAAUACAACAACACACACAAAUCCAGUGCGGUUUAUAAUUCGAUAAUUUAUCGCCAGCUGCGUGCGAGUUUCGUAGCAAGCGUAGCAGUUGUCUACGAGACGUCGCGAUCGUUUGUUCAGUGUAUCGAAUUACGAACGUUCGUUGAUUUUUUUUGAUUUGUGGAGACAGAUUUUAAGUGAAGAAACAUGGCCACAAAGAACGUUACCAAUGUAGAGACUGGUGAUGCUGCAGUAGACGCGCAGAGCGGUCUGCCUGCGCCUGCGCCGGCUCCGACACGGAGGAUGGGCGGGACCUCGUCCAUCAUCGGCCUGUCAGAUGUGACUGACAACAAGCUGAUCUGGAGGCAGCUGGUGGCGGAGCUGGUGGGCACCUUCCUACUGACCUCCAUCGGUGUGGCAUCCGUCAUCUCCAUCUCAGCAUCCAACGCCCCUCAGACGACCAGCAUUGCGCUUUGCUUCGGUCUGCUUGUUGCGUCUAUUGUACAGGCUAUCGGGCACGUGUCGGGCGGUCACAUCAACCCAGCGGUCACUCUGGGCCUGUUCGCGGCCGGUGACGUCAAACUCCUCAAGGCGAUAUGCUACAUCAUCGUGCAGACCCUCGGAGCUGUUGCUGGUGCUGCCUUCAUCAGGCUCGCCGUCCCAGAAGACAAAGUGGGAGGCUUCGGUAUGACUCUGCCCGGACAUGGAGUCACUGAACCACAGGCCCUGCUGGUGGAGGCUCUCAUCACCUUCGUGCUGGUGAUGGUCGUGCACGGCGUGUGCGACGCGCGCCGCAACGACCUGAAGGGAUCCGCGCCCCUCGCUAUCGGUCUCAGCAUCACAGCCUGCCACGCUGCUUGCAUUCCGUUCAGCGGCUCCAGCAUGAACCCCGCCCGUACCUUCGGACCUGCCCUCGUCAUGGGAGUCUGGACCUCACAAUGGGUAUACUGGGUUGGUCCCAUCGUCGGCGGUGUGAUCGCUGGCCUGGUCUACAAGUUCAUCUUCCGCAUCGGCAAGACCGGCGAGAGCGGCUCCUACGACUUCUAGACGACCCGCCGAGACCGCGAGACACCCCCGCCCCGCGGCCGACGCUCCACACGCCUGUCUAUAAACACUGCCUCGCGCAUACUCAACUGACAUACAACAACAAUGCUACGAAAUUGAUUAGAUUUAAACUUAUUUCUAGUUUUGUGAUUAACCAAAAAUAAGUCCAAUUACAAGAUGGACGAGCUCGAUUAAUGUUACAUAAGUUUAUAAUUAUUGAAUCAAAGUUAUUGCAAUGCAAUGGUGAGGUAUGCGCGAGGCAUUCGCCUGGUAUUAGCUUAUUGAUAUAACCCGUUCAGAUGUUGGACCAAAUUGAUAUAGGACAUUGUCAAUGGGCUGUACUUGCUAUGUUAUUGUCUGUCAUUACGCUCGACGAGAAAUCCAAAGGUUUAUUUUCAAUAAUAUUGUUAUUGUUCAUCGAAAAUAUGAAAAAGCCGAUUCGAUACCGUUAUGUCGGAGUAAGAUAUAUAAUUUAAGUUAUAGUGCUAUAAAUAAAGGUAUUAAGUUUAUUUAUAUUAUGUGAAUAAAGUAUUUUUAAGUGGAUGUCCAUAAUAUGUCCAUACUCGAGUGCCUGUGCUAGUUAUGUGAUUAUAAUAUUGUGAGUUAACUUUUAGUGGGUAUCACAUCGAAAUUUCUCACACGAAAUGAAUAUUAUAAAUAAAUAUCAUCAUUAUUAAAA